CAUCAUUGAAAUUUUUUACAUGGAUACGUGGAAUAUAUAUAUAUAUAUAUAUAGGUGUAGCUAGAAUAGACCCUCAGAAAUUAGUAGUAUAUCACGCAACAAAAGAGAAAACCUUUGAUUUGAGAAAACCAAAUCUCAAGAAACAAUGGAGGUACUAAGAGUACAAACAAUAGCUCAUCAAUCGAAAGACUCAACAAUUCCCUCCAUGUUCGUUAGAGCAGAAACAGAACAACCGGGAAUCACAACAGUUCAAGGAGUGAAACUGAGUGUACCCAUAAUCGAUUUCAGCAAUCCAGACAAAGAAAAGCUACAAAACGAGAUAACGGAAGCGAGUAAAGAAUGGGGAAUGUUUCAAAUCGUGAACCAUGAGAUUCCAAAUGAUGUUAUAAAAAAGUUACAAAGUGUUGGCAAAGAGUUCUUUGAGUUACCACAAGAAGAAAAAGAGGUUUAUGCUAAACCUGUGAUUGGGUCAAAUUCUUCAGAAGGGUAUGGAUCAAAGCAUCAGAAAGAGUUGAGUGGGAAGAAAGGUUGGGUGGAUCAUUUUUUUCAUAUUAUAUGGCCACCUUCCAACGUUGAUUAUCGUUUUUGGCCUAAUAACCCUCCUUCUUACAGGGAGGUAAAUGAGGAAUAUGGCAAGUACAUACGUGUAGUGACAGAAAAACUGUUUAAAAACAUGUUAACCGGACUUGGGUUUGAAGAAAAUGAACUAAAGUUAGCUGCAGGUGAAGAAGAGAUGAUUCACCUAUUGAAAAUAAACUACUACCCACCUUGUCCAUGUCCUGAUCUUGUCUUAGGUGUCCCACCACACACAGAUAUGUGUUACAUCACCAUUCUUGUUCCUAACGAGGUGGAGGGACUUCAAGCCUCUAGAGAUGGUCAAUGGUACGAUGUUAAGUAUAUCCCUAACGCUCUCAUCAUUCACGUUGGCGACCAAAUGGAGAUACUAAGCAAUGGGAAAUAUAAGGCUGUGUUGCACAGAACAACAGUGAACAAAGAUGAGACAAGAAUGUCUUGGCCAGUGUUCAUCGAGCCUCAAGGAGAGCAUGAAGUUGGUCCUCACCCAAAGUUUGUUAACCAAGACAAUCCAUCCAAGUACAAGACCAAGAAAUAUAAGGAUUAUGCUUAUUGUAAGCUUAAUAAGAUUCCCCAGUAAACAAAUUGCAGGAUCUACAAAUAAAUAAUUUAGUACACAUUUCAUGUCACAUUAUUAUCAAGACAUUGUUGCUUGUGUUGGUUAAUUUUAACAGACUAUCAUCUGGUGUGUAUGAACAAAAUAACAUAUGUAGCUAAAGAUGGAUGCUGCAUGUUUAGCUAUUACAAAACUGAUUACAUUUCCCUUCUCUAA